UCGGCUGCCUUCGAUACUGUGAACCAUCAGAUCCUCCUCUCCACCCUCUCUGAGUUGGGCAUCUCCGGCGCGGCCCACGCUUGGAUUGCGUCCUACCUGACAGGUCGCUCCUACCAGGUGGCGAAUCGCAUCUCUGCAUGUCUGGCAGACAUAUCAGUGUGGAUGACGGAUCACCACCUCAAGCUGAACCUCGGCAAGACGGAGCUGCUCUUCCUCCCGGGGAAGGACUGCCCGUUCCAUGAUCUCGCCAUCACGGUUGACAACUCCAUUGUGUCCUCCUCCCAGAGCGCUAAGAACCUUGGCAUGAUCCUGGACAACACCCUGUCGUUCUCAACCAACAUCAUGGCGGUGGCCCGUUCCUGUAGGUUCAUGCUCUACAACAUCCGCAGAGUACGACCCUGCCUCACACAGGAAGCGGCGCAGGUCCUAAUCCAGGCACUUGUCAUCUCCCGUCUGGAUUACUGCAACUCGCUGUUGGCUGGGCUCCCUGCCUGUGCCAUUAAACCCCUACAACUCAUCCAGAACGCCGCAGCCCGUCUGGUGUUCAACCUUCCCAAGUUCUCUCACGUCACCCCGCUCCUCCGCUCUCUCCACUGGCUUCCAGUUGAAGCUCGCAUCCGCUACAAGACCAUGGUGCUUGCCUACGGAGCUGUGAGGGGAACGGCACCGCAGUACCUCCAGGCUCUGAUCAGGCCCUACACCCAAACAAGGGCACUGCGUUCAUCCACCUCUGGCCUGCUCGCCUCCCUACCACUGAGGAAGUACAGUUCCCGCUCAGCCCAGUCAAAACUGUUCGCUGCUCUGGCCCCCCAAUGGUGGAACAAACUCCCUCACGAUGCCAGGACAGCGGAGUCAAUCACCACCUUCCGGAGACACCUGAAACCCCACCUCUUCAAGGAAUACCUAGGAUAG